GAGAGAGAGAGAGAGAAGAACGAAACUUAAGUUUGAAAAAAGUAAUAAAAUGAAUGGACCUAUAGCAUGGGCAAAAUUUGAAGAUUAGGUUAGAUAAUCUAACCUAAGAAUGUUUCGCUCGUAAGGUGAACACAUGCAUGUUGUUAAAGAUAUUUUGGACACAUUGGAGAACUGCUCAGUAGCAAAUCAUAUAUUAAUAUCAAGAACGUAAUAAUCCUGACGUUUAACUAAUGAUGAAAUAAGUAAUUGAUAAUAAUUAUCAAAAUAAAUUAUUAAAGUAAAUGGUUUGAUAUUAAGAUUUAUCUUUUGAAUCAUUUAUCCAAUCAAUUCAGGACAAAAUAUAACAAAUAAAAAAGAAAAUAAAAAUUGUAUUGGAGACCGAAUAUCAUUAGUCAAAAUGUCUAAGCGUCCAGAACUUAUGGCACCACCUGAGGUGUAUUAUAAUGAGACAGAAGCUAAGAAAUAUACACAAAGCUCUCGUAUGAUGGAAAUCCAAGUACAGAUGUCUGAACGUGCAAUAGAACUUCUUAUGCUACCUGAGGAUCAGAGUUGUUUGCUUUUAGAUAUCGGUUGUGGAUCAGGUCUCAGUGGCAGCGUAUUGGAAGAUCAGGGACAUAUAUGGAUAGGCAUUGAUAUCUCUUCAGCUAUGCUUGAGGUAGCUGCUGAAAAAGAAUCAGAUGGUGACUUGAUCUUAGGAGAUAUAGGUCAUGGAUUACCAUUUAAACCUGGCUCGUUUGAUGGAGCUGUUAGUAUUUCUGCGCUUCAAUGGUUAUGCUAUGCAAAUAAAGCUUCACACAAUCCUACGAAACGUUUAUAUCGAUUCUUUUCAACAUUAUUUGCAUGUCUAUCGAGGACUGCAAGAGCGGUAUUGCAAUUUUAUCCAGAAAAUAGUGAACAAGUUGAAUUAAUUACUGCACAAGCUACAAAAGCUGGCUUUUUUGGUGGCGUGGUUGUGGAUUUUCCAAAUAGCACAAAAGCAAAGAAAAUGUUCUUGGUUUUAAUGACUGGUGGAGCUGCUUCACUCCCAAAGGCAUUAGGUACAGAGAAAGAAGAUAGACAAACCAUUGCUAAUUCAAAAAGGGAAUACAUAAAAAAAGCUAAGGGUAAACCAUUGAAAAAAAGUAGGGAUUGGAUUAUAGAAAAGAAAGAAAGACGGCGAAGACAAGGAAAAGAAGUUAGAAACGAUACAAAGUACACCGGACGAAAAAGAUCUGGACGAUUCUAAGAUAUAUCUUAUUAGCAUAAAAAUUAUAUUAAAUAAGUUUGCAUUAUAAAAAUAAAGUUUAUAUUAUAAUAAAAAAAUUUAUAAAAACUUAAA